AUGUCUGCAAAGCCGACGCUUCACAUCUCCAUGCCGCCCAGGCGCCUCUCAGACUACCCCGGCCCGCGCAGCCCCCGAUUCCGCGAGGACUUUGACGCGCCCUUUUCCGAGGCCAUCAUGAACGCCUCCCACUACACCGUCGCCUCGCCGGGCUCCUUUUCGUCCUCCUCCCAGGGACGCGCCAGCCUCGACGACUCGAUCCGCCGCUGCUCGCCCGGCAGCUCCAUGCGCACGCCCUCGUUCCCCGCGCAGUCGCCCACGGAGCCCUGGCGCGAGUUCCCCUGGGGUCAAAAGACGACAGCGUCGUCGUCGUCGACGACGAUGCGCAAGCCCAGCGUCAACCACCGCGUGAGGGGCUGGGCCAGGAGAUCUCUCAUCUUCAAGAGCCGCCCAACGUCGCCCGACGAGCCGGCGGAGGGGUCCUUUUCAAAGGUGGAUCAUUCCGCCGAAGCUGCCACCACAGAAUCACGCAAAUAA